AUGGCGGAGGCGCGGAUGGAGGCCGAGGCGGUCAUGUUCGGCCUCUUCAACCCGACGCCGUCGCUGGCAUCCAUGAUCAUCAACCACUACAGGAUGCGCGAGGACGUCAAGUCGUUCAACCUCGGUGGCAUGGGGUGCAGCGCCGGCCUCAUCGCCAUCGACCUCGCCAAGGACAUGCUCCAGGCGAACCCAAGCUCGUACGCCGUCGUGCUCAGCACCGAGAACAUCACCCUCAACUGGUACUUCGGCAACGACCGCUCCAUGCUCCUCUCCAACUGCAUCUUCCGCAUGGGCGGCGCGGCGGCGCUGCUGUCCAACAAGCGCUCGGACACCGGGCGUGCCAAGUACCGGCUGCUCCACACGGUGCGCACACACAAGGGCGCCACCGACGAGUGCUUCAACUGCGGUGGCCACCGUGGCGCUGCAACUAUGUUCGAGCACUUCUGCGUGCACGCCGGCUGCCGCGCGGAGCUGGAGGAGGUGCAGCGCAGCCUGAGCCUGCAGGACACGGACAUGGAGCCCAGCAAGUGCGCCCUCCACCGGUUCGGCAACACCAGCAGCAGCUCGCUGUGGUACGAGCUGGCGUACGCCGAGGACAAGGGCCGGGUGCAGCGCGGCCACCACGUGUGGCAGAUCGGCUUCGGCUCCGGGUUCAAGUGCAACAGCGCCGUGUGGCGAGCGCUCCGCGACGUGCCGGCGCUGUCGUCGUCGUCGACCGGCGCCGCGGCCCCGUGA